AGAAAGUAGAUCUAGUAAGCAAAAACCGAAACCCACCAUUCAAUUUAAGACACACAUCUCUCAAAUUGAUCCUCUGUGUGCAUAAUAGGACAAAGAUCUAAGGCAAAGUUUCACUUUUUUACACACCCAAAGGAGAAAAUAAGAAGCAAAAGGAUCUAAAAAUUCAGCCUUCAGCUUUUUUCUUUCUGCUCUUGCUCACUGAGCUGGUUCUCUUCUUCUUCUUUCAUUUUUGUCAAUGUCAAAGGAAGAUGAGAAAAAGAAGGAUCCUUAUUAUUAUGAUCACCACUUUGAUCCUCCUUAUGGUGCUGAUUUUGAUCCCUCCUCUGUUGUUGGUUUCUCUGAUUUCUUACAUGACUACAACUUCAACUUCUUCUCCGCCGCACUCGACAUGUCGUGCUCGUCGUCCGAAGUUAUUUCUCCGGUCGAUGACGCUUCGAAGAAGUCUUCCGGGGUAGGAGCUGAGUGGGCGGUGACCGGUGAGCACCCAUCGUCGUCGUGUUCGUCCGAUGAUCGGGUGGCGGCUGGGGGUGCUGGUGGUGGUGAUUCUGCCAAGAGUGGAGAUCAGGUGGUGACGAAAGAGUUUGAAGAUAAAGAUGGAGAAAAGUGUAAGAAGAAAGUGGAAGGAGGAAAAAAGAAGGAGAAAGGGGAGAAGGGGCCACGGGUUGCGUUCUUGACCAAGACUGAAAUAGAUAACCUUGAAGAUGGAUACCGAUGGAGAAAAUAUGGUCAGAAAGCUGUCAAAAACAGCCCUUUUCCAAGGAGUUACUACAAAUGCACAACUCAAAACUGCAAUGUCAAGAAAAGAGUUGAGAGAUCAUCCCAAGAUCCAUCUUUUGUAGUAACAACGUACGAAGGGAAACACAACCACUAUUGUCCCGUGACACUUCGAGGCAAUGUCGCUGGAAUGUCGUUGCCGUUGUCGUCUGCUUCACCGCCGUGGCCUCCGGCCAACUUCUUCUCCGGCGAUCCUUAUAAAGGAGUUGUUGAUGAUCACCAAGAUUAUUCUCAGGUUAUUCCUGAUCAUUAUGGGUUGUUGCAAGAUUUGAUUCCAUCCUCGUUCAAUCGAAAGCAAGAGCCUUGAGUUACAAAAUCUUCUCUCUUAGUUAUACAUAUUAUGAACUUUAUAUUAAUUAGCUAGUGCACAUCUUGCAUUUAAUCUUCUUGAUUAGCUAGUCAAUACUCUAAUUUUGUUGAGAGUGCUGUUAACUAAUUUAGAUCAAUUUCAUGCUUUUUUUCUUUA